CCGGCAGCUAUCUCGAUCGCCACCACCGCGCCCUCCCCUCUCCCCUCCUCCACCGCUGCGUCUCCUUUGUCCCAAUCGCCAACAUGUUGUCGACGACGAGGUUUGCAGCCUCAAUGGCCUUGCGAGCUAAACCCUCCGCCGCAUUGCUUCCAUACCGGGCAGGAUCUGUGGCAUUCUUCUCGAACUCGUCCAAGCGGGCCUCCUACAUGCAAACACCUGGACUAAUCUCUAAUGGACCACCACCCCCUCCUCCGAUGAAAAAGGCGCGACGGGAGGUGGCAUUGCCGAGCCAGGAGGGUAAGAAGGGCGUCAUGCAAUAUGCGCUCACUACUCUCGAUCAAGUCGCCAAUUGGGCCCGUCAAAGUUCCCUUUGGCCCAUGACCUUCGGUCUCGCCUGCUGUGCCGUCGAAAUGAUGCACCUGUCCACACCACGAUACGAUCAAGAUCGACUCGGUAUAAUCUUUCGUGCCUCACCCCGCCAGUCCGACGUCAUGAUUGUGGCAGGAACCUUGACGAAUAAGAUGGCUCCAGCGUUGCGGCAGGUCUAUGAUCAGAUGCCAGAGCCUCGGUGGGUCAUUUCGAUGGGCAGUUGUGCGAACGGCGGAGGAUACUACCAUUACAGCUACUCCGUCACAAGAGGAUGCGACAGGAUCGUCCCUGUUGACAUUUACGUGCCCGGAUGCCCCCCAACAUCAGAGGCUCUGAUGUACGGGAUAUUCCAGUUGCAGAAGAAGAUGAGGCACACCAAGAUCACUCGCAUGUGGUAUAGGAAGUAGAUAUCGUGGCAUGGAUGUACUGGCAUCGCGCAUGUGGUCUGGCAUUUUCUUUUCUCGAAGGAGCCUUCAGAAGGAGCUCUGUCUGUACAAAUUCAUCCUUCCUUCCAAUACUUCCUUUCUUUUUGCUUAUGUCUGACGUGGAUUCAAUUACAUGCUCUGAAAAGCCAAUGUGACCUAGCUGGGGGGCUUUAAUUGCGUGA